GCCCCGCCCACCGGGCCCGGGACGCGCUGCGCGCAGAGUGACAAUCUAUCUAGUCGCCGGCGGUCGGCCGGACUAAAGAUGGCUACCGCCCUGCAGCGCAUCGAGCGGCUCUCCAGCCGGGUGGUGCGCGUGUUGGGCUGUAACCCGGGUCCCUUGACCCUGCAAGGCACCAACACGUACCUGGUGGGGACCGGCAGCAGGAGAAUCCUCAUUGACACUGGAGAGCCAUCAAUUCCAGAGUAUAUCAGCUGUCUAAAGCAAGCCUUGGUUGAAUUUGACACAGCAAUCCAAGAAAUCCUAGUGACUCACUGGCAUCGUGAUCAUACCGGAGGCAUAGUAGAUAUUUGUAAAAACAUCAGUAAUGACACUACCUAUUGCAUUAAAAAACUCCCACGGAAUCCUCGGAGAGAAGAAAUUAUAGGAAAUGGAGAACAGCAAUAUGUUUAUAUAGAAAAUGGAGACUUGAUUAAGACCGAGGGAGCCACUCUCAGAGUUAUAUAUACCCCUGGCCACACUGAUGACCACAUGUCUUUAUUCCUGGAAGAAGAAAAUGCCAUAUUUUCUGGGGAUUGUAUCCUAGGAGAAGGAACAACAAUAUUUGAAGACCUCUAUGAUUAUAUGAACUCCCUACAAGACUUAUUAAAAAUCAACGCUGACAUUAUAUAUCCAGGUCAUGGCCCAGUAAUCCGUAAUGCUGAAGCUAAAAUUCUGGAAUAUAUUUCUCACAGAAAUAGCCGAGAAUCACAAAUUCUUAGAUUUAUCCAUGACAACUUUGAAAAAUCAUUUACACUGACUGAACUUAGGAAAAUUAUUUACCAGAAUGUUCCAGAGAAUUUACAUAAGAUGGCAGAGCAUAAUCUCCUGCUUCAUUUGAAAAAACUAGAGAAAGAAGGAAAAAUAUUUUACACCACAGAUCCUGACAAGAAAUGGAGAGCUGUACUUUAGUUUCCAAUGAAUGAAGCUCUAUCUUGUUUUGCUUUUAGAGCAUGGUAUGUUCUUUUAGCUAUAGAUUAUUUAUAGAGAAUAUCGAAUGUGGGACUUUGAGAAUAACCCUGGAUACUUUUCUAAAAUAUGUAAAUUACAUUGCAUAUGUAGGACAGGCUAUUGAUCUAACCUGGGCCUUGGAACAUUUUACCAAAAGUUCAGAAUCUAACACUUUGUCAAUUUCCUAUGGAUUAAGUGAAAUGGUUACUUAAGAAUAACAAAACUUGGCCGGGCGGUGGUGGCGCACGCCUUUAAUCCCAGCACUCGGGAGGCAGAGCCAGGCGUAUCUCUGUGAGUUCGAGGCCAGCCUGGGCUACCAAGUGAGUUCCAGGAAAAGGCGCAAAGCUACACAGAGAAACCCUGUCUCAAAAAAACCAAAAAAAAAAAAAAAAAAAAGACUAACAAAACUUGCACAAUUCAAACCAUUUACUCCUUUAGAGUUUGGUUCUGUACUAGCAUUUGUGGUAAUAACUGUUUUCUUUAGCUACUUCAGUCAACAGCACAGAUGUCUUGUCUGCAUACUCCUUCCUUUUCUCCAACCCUUCUAUACCUUUUACAUAGCAAGUUUAUUUCCUCUUUCUAUCAAUUUUAUCAUUUAAGUAUUGAGUCUAUAGCUCUAUGUUAUAUUUGUUUUCUUAUAAUGGUAUCCCAUAAAUGAUUCAUGUUUAUCAUUGAUGCUCCCCAACAUGAUGAUAAUGGAGUGAACCUCUAAAACUGUAAGCAAGCCACCCCAAUGAAAUAUUUUCUUUAUAAGAGAAAUAUUAAAUAUACCAACUUCAAAUACUA